GGGUCCUCUCCGAGGCCUGGGGAAGGCCUGGGAUUCUUGCGUGAAAAGGAAUCCAUCCCGACACACCUCCCAAUAAAGGCCUGCUUCACUGUCCGCCCUGACCGCCUGCCAAACCAGAAACCUAGCUGCUAGGAAUUGGCCACCCUGUCUCAGUCCUGCAGUUCGAAGAGCACAGUCACAGUUUGCUCCAUUUCCCAGGAUUUGGGAUUGGAUUUAGAACCUAAGACUCCCAAGGGACUUGUUUCUGUUGUUGUUGUUGUUGUUGUUGUUGUUGUUGUUUGGUGGUGGCGGCUGACGAUUUUUAAAAAACAGGGUCUCUCCCUAUGUACCCAGGCUGGCCUUGAACUAGCUUUUUAGCCCAUGCUGGCCUCAAAUUCAGUAAUAGGUCUUGUCACAAGUUCCCACCACCCACAGUCAGUUCCUAGUGAUCUAUCUUUAUUACUGUUUCUCAUCCGACUAUUCCCGAAGUCUCUUAGAGCCAUUAUAGACAAAGACAUUGUUCAAACUCAGUGCCUGGCAUUCAUUUAUUCAUCCAACAAAUGUGAACAAUGAUGCCCACCAUGUGACAUCAGAUAGCGGAAGGGGCGUUAUUUGGGGGAGAAGGGGACCAGUGAGAAGAAGCCGGAGAGGUGAGAGAGUUUGCAGGGGAUAGCUAUAAAGCAAAAAAUAAAUAAAUAAAUAAAUAAAUAAAUAAAUAAAUAAUAUAGGUGUGAAAAUGUAAUAUGCUAAAUUAAAAUUAAAAAUGAAUUCUAAGACAAUGGAUUUGACAGAACAACUCUAAAAUAAGCGGUAGCCCGGUGGGAUGGCACACUCAGGAAAACUCCAGCGUUUACACAGGGCACGUGGCACUUCAGUCCUAGCACUCAGAAAGCAGAGGCCGGUGAACCUUGAGUUCGAGGCCAGCCAGGCUUACAUAGAGAAAUCCUGUCUUUCGAAAAGAAAAGGUUAGAGAAUUUGAGGCCAGUGUGCCUGGCGUUCUUGGGGAAUCUGAGGUCAGCCUGGACUGCACAUAUUUCCUGCCGAAAAGCAAAGCUGGAAGCUGAGAGAGUCGGGCUGAGCUGUGACAUAGGAGGACACAGGUAAUGCAAGGGCCUUUGGUGCAAGAUGGAAACCCUGAGCUUGAGGGAAGUGGGGAGCAGCGGGAGUGAAGCAGAGAGAGCAAGGGGGGGAACUUUUCCUGGGCAUUGAGGAGGCCAUGCAGCAUGGUGUGAGGUUUCUUAGCCUCUACACGAGCCACACUCUGGGCCUGAAAACUCAUCGUUGUACAUCGAACCUGUAUUUCAUUGCUGGCAUCCACCCACUCCACGCCAGAAGCGCUCUCAGUUGUGAUAACCAAAAAUACCACCACACCACACCACCAGUUCCUGGAUGGAUGGCCUUGAGCAGAUGCGCUAGUGUGUGUUAACUUCUGCUUGGAUGUCAGGAACCAUCUGAGUCACUGUUGCAUGCGCGGAUCGCAAGCACAUUGAGCAUCCAGUGUGUUAACUUCUGCUUGUAUGUCAGGAACCAUCUGAGUCACUGUUGCAUGCGCGGAUCGCAAGCACGCUGAGCAUCCAGUGUGUGUUAGCAUCAUCUUCUGCGGUCAUUCUCUGAGACAUAUGUCCCUUGCAGCGUGGUUCUCAGCCUACCGCGAGUUCUAGUCAAAUUUCUGGACCCUUUCUCUAGGAGAUCUUCUUCAUGCACAUAUCCUUAGAAUCAUCAUAAGCUGAGUCUCCGUUUCCAGACGCUGGAAUCCAAGAGCUCCCUUUAUCCAUUCAAAUGACUGCUUAGUGCGUGCUCUUACCGCGUGCGCCACACUCGGCCCCAGCCUCCGAGACGGAGGCAAAUAAGAUAAGCCAUGUCUGGUCCAAGCGAUGAGACGGCAGGAGACCUGCCGGUGAAAGAUAUAGGUCUAAACCUCUUUGGAGCUGGAGGGUUACAAGAAACUUCAACUGCACGAACAAUGAAGACUCGCCAGGCAGUGUCACGUGUCAGCCGUGAGGAACUGGAAGACAGAUUUUUGCGUUUGCAUGAUGAGAACAUUUUACUUAAACAGCAUGCCCGCAAGCAAGAGGAUAAAAUUAAAAGAAUGGCCACCAAGUUAAUACGGCUAGUUAAUGACAAGAAAAGAUACGAGCGGGUUGGUGGCGGCCCCCAGCGGCUGGGACGAGAUGUAGAAAUGGAAGAAAUGAUUGAGCAGCUGCAAGAGAAAGUCCAUGAGCUUGAAAGACAAAAUGAAGUCCUCAAAAACAGGCUAAUAUCAGCCAAACAGCAGCUCCAGGGCCAGGGGCACAGGCAAACUCCGCACAGUCGUGUGCAGGCUCGAAUUAACACUGGCCGCAGGAGAGCUAGCGCAACCACAAGCUUACAGGAAUGUCCCAGGAAAGGUGUAAGAUUCCAAAAUAUAGAUGAAGCAGAAACUGCACAACCUACGCUCACAAAAUAUGGCAGUAGUUUACUUGAAGAAGCCAGAGGAGAAAUAAGAAAUUUAGAAAAUGUUAUUCAGUCACAAAGAGGCCAGAUAGAAGAAUUAGAGCACUUAGCAGAGAUCCUGAAAACUCAGUUGAGGAGAAAGGAAAAUGAAAUUGAGUUGUCUCUUCUUCAGCUUCGAGAACAGCAAGCUACAGAUCAAAGGUCAAAUAUUCGAGACAAUGUAGAGCUGAUUAAACUCCAUAAACAGCUAGUGGAGAAAAGCAAUGCUCUUUCAGUCAUAGAAGGAAAAUUUAUUCAGCUUCAAGAGAAGCAAAGAACGCUCAGGAUCAGCCAUGAUGCCUUGAUGGCAAACGGAGAUGAGCUAAAUAUGCAGCUUAAGGACCAGCGCUUAAAGUGCUGCAGCCUGGAGAAGCAGCUGCAGUCGGCGAGGUUUGCAGAGAGAAGAGUGGAGGAGCUGCAGGAUAGAAUUAAUGAUUUAGAAAAGGAGCGAGAACUUUUAAAGGAAAACUAUGAUAAACUUUAUAACAGUGCCUUCAGUGCUGCCCAGGAAGAACAGUGGAAGUUAAAGGAGCAGCAGAUGAAAGUGCAGAUUGCUCAGCUCGAAACUGCCCUAAAAUCUGAUCUAACAGACAAAACUGAAGUCCUUGACAAAUUAAAGACUGAAAGAGACCAAAAUGAGAAGCUCAUGCAAGAGAACAGAGAGCUCCAGCUGCAGUGUCUGCAGCAGAGGCAGCAGCUGGAUGAGCUGAAAAGCCGCAUGAGGUUUUUCAACCAGGAGAGUGAUAUCGAUGCUGAUGACCUGAGCGAGGCACUCCUGCUUAUAAAGGCUCAGAAAGAACAAAAGAAUGGAGACCUUUCAUUUUUAGAAAAAGUGGACAACAAACUUAAUAAAGAUCUAGAACAUUCCAUGAAAGAACUUCAAGCAACUCAUGCAGAAACAGUACAAGAACUUGAAAAGACAAGAAAUAUGCUAAUUAUGCAACAUAAAAUCAAUAAAGACUAUCAGAUGGAAGUUGAGGCGGUGACUCAGAAGAUGGAAAAUUUGCAGCAAGAUUAUGAACUCAAAGUGGAACAAUAUGUUCAUCUUCUUGAUAUCCGGACUGCACGCAUCCAGAAGCUUGAAGCCCAGUUAAAGGACAUCGCCUACGGCACUAAGCAGUACAAAUUUAAAGCGGAAAUCAUGCCAGAUGACUCUGUUGAUGAAUUUGAUGAAACCAUCCACCUGGAACGAGGAGAAAACCUGUUUGAAAUCCACAUCAAUAAAGUCACCUUUUCUCCUGAAGCCCUGCAGGCGUCUGGUGACAAAGAGCCUGUUACUUUCUGUACCUAUGCUUUCUAUGACUUUGAACUGCAGACCACUCCCAUUGUUCGAGGCCUUCACCCAGAAUAUAACUUCACUUCUCAGUAUCUUGUCCACGUAAAUGACUUAUUUUUGCAGUAUAUUCAGAAGAGUACUGUCACUCUGGAGCUCCACCAAGCCUACAGCACAGAUUACGAAACAAUUGCAGCUUGUCAGUUGAGAUUCCAUGAGAUUCUAGAAAAAAGCGGCCGAAUAUUUUACACAGCAAGUUUAGUUGGAACUAAAGGAGACAUCCCAAAUUUUGGCACAGUAGAAUACUGGUUCCGAUUAAGAGUUCCCAUGGAUCAAGCAAUUCGACUUUAUCGAGAGCGGGCAAAGGCAUUAGGAUAUAUAACAUCAAAUUUUAAGAAGCCAGAGAAAAUGCAAUUGUUGAGUCAGCAAGCACCCACAACUGCUCAGAUCAGUUCAACAGAUUCCACUGAUGGCAACUUAAAUGAACUCCACAUUACAGUAAGAUGUUGCAGCAACCUACAGUCCCGAGCAAGCCACCUGCAGCCACACGCAUAUGUUGUGUACAAGUUUUUUGAUUUUCCAGACCAUGAUACAGCCAUCAUUCCCAGUAGCAAUGAUCCGCAGUUUGAUGACCAUAUGUGUUUCCCAGUGCCAAUGAAUAUGGAUUUGGAUCGCUACCUUAAGUCAGAGUCUCUGGGGUUUUAUGUGUUUGAUGAUAGUGAUACCCAGGAGAAUAUUUACAUAGGAAAGGUCAAUGUGCCUCUGAUUUCACUGGCGCAUGACAGGUGUAUCUCAGGAAUAUUUGAGUUAAUGGAUAAUGAAAAGCAUUCUGCGGGAACCAUCCAAGUUAUAUUAAAAUGGAAAUUCACCUACCUUCCCCCAAGUGGAUCAAUAACUAAUGAAGACCUAGGAAAGUUCAUAUGCAGAGAAGAGCCAGAGGUUGUUCAGAAACUACCUCCAACAUCCUUGGGUGUUACAUCAGUUGUAGCACCAAAACCUAAACCAAGACAGCGUUUAACACUUGUGGACAAAAAGGUUUCUUUUGUGGAUACCACGCCGCACCUGAGUCCUGAGACUUCUCCUCCUCCUCCUAAAGAUAUAAAAGACAAUUCCCCAGAAAUGGAACACACACCAAAAACAGAAAAUAGCAUGUCAGCUGUUACAUAUUCUUCCAAGGAAAGCAGUGUGGCUGAGGUAGAGGAAACCGUAGAGAGAACGCAGCAAGGAAAAGAAGAUGACAUCUCUUUCCUAUCUGAGGGUCAGCUUGCAUCGCAGAGUGCGGCUUCCUCUGAAGAUGAAACAGAAAUAACGGAAGAACUGGAGCCAGAAGAUGAGGACAGAACAGCUUCUGACAGCGAUGACUGUAUCAUCCCAGGUUCCGUCUCCAAGGAAACCAAACAGCCGUCAGAGGAGAUUCGGAUUGAGAUCAUAGCUCUAAGCCUUAAUGAUUCUCGAAUAACCAGGGAUGACACUAUCCAACGGCUGUUUGUUGAGUGUCGGUUCUACAGUCUUCCGGCUGAAGAGACACCUGUGUCACUGCCAAAACCCAGGAAUGGCCAGUGGGUCUACUAUAACUAUACCAAUGUGAUCUACCUGGAUAAAGAAAACAACCGAGCGGAGAGAGGCAUCUUAAAGGCCAUACUGCAAAGACAAGAACUGCCUCACAGAAGUGUGCGCUUCACCGUGGUGAGUGACCCUCCUGAGGACGAGCAGGACCUAGAGUGUGAGGACAUCGGCAUUGCUCAUGUCGACCUCAUGGAUAUGUUUCGGAAAGGGAGAGACAUCAUCGAGCAGGACCUUGAUGUGUUGGAUGCCCGAGCGGACGGAGGCAGCAUCGGCAAGCUGAAGGUGACCGUGAGAGCGCUCGCUGCUCUGCGGUCUGUCAACGAGCAACAUGGAGAGGACUAGGAAGCCUGGAAGAAGCUGCUGCAGAGGCGUCCACCUCUGAGGAAAUGCCCACGUGAAAACUCCAGGAUGAGAUUUUGAGUAAUCACUCUGGUGUGUGUAAUCUAUAAUUCAUGGGGAGCUGGGGGGUGCUGGGCUUAGGCUUCAGUUUCAAAUCUUAUAUAGGUUUUUGUUUAUUUUUCUGUUCCCUCUACCCAUGACUGCCACCCCUUAGGACUUCAGUUCUCCUCAGUGGUCUACCUUCUCAAUAAUUUAUAUCAACAUGUUAGGAUGAAAUAUCUAUUUACAUUUGUAACAUUUUCUUACAAAGAAGUGGGAAUAGUUUUAUUUUUCAUAAGGAAAAGCCUAAAUCUUGGGAAACCUAUGGGAAAGAAAUAUUUUUUACGUUAUCCCUAAUCGUCCCACUAAAGGAAAAGCUUCUGAUUAGCCUCAUUAAGACUUUUAUACUGUGAAGAUUUUAUUAGAAGCAAUAUAUGAAAAUUACUUGGAUUAAUGUGUUAAUCUUGUGCUUUAAAAUGCUAAUAUCCACUUUGAGCACAUUAAAGCUCAGUAUGUGUUUUCUUUGAUGCAUGCGGUUUCUAUCAAUUCAAUAUAAAGAAGGAGAUGUGGCACCAACUUAGUAAAUUGCUCCCAGUUUUUGUUGUUUUCCAUAAACAGUGUAGUCGUUAUAUGGUAUCCAUGUGUCUGUAAUGCUGAUAUGGGACCCAUGAUUAUAUAAAGAUAGAGAGAUACAUACAUGCAUAUAUACAUACAUGCAUACAUAUAUAUAGGGAAUCCAUACUUUACAAACUAAAGUUAUUACAUAAAAAAUAAAGUAUGACCCGAACUCUAAGAUGUUUGGUCAGACAUGAAAGGAGACCUUUCAUCAUUUUUAACCUUACUUCAAGCUUACACAGUGCUGGAUGUGUCUGGUUAUGCAGACCCUCAAAGAGCAGCUCCAGAAGUUAAUUUCUAGCUUUUACACGGUCUUGCUGAAGGGUUUAAUUGAUAUUUUUAAUGGAGCUGUGAUCGGUGCUGCAAAGGAAUUGUCUCUGGGGGUCUGAGAUAUAAUGCAUUUCAUUUUUUAAUUUACUUUUUUAUUUGUCGUUUUCUUCAAAGGAUUUUUAUAGGCUGUGGGUUUUCACUGUUUGCAAACAGGCUAUUCCUUCUUAAGCAUAUGUAAAGUAUUCAGGGAGAUAAGUAAUUUAUUAAAAUCUACCUAAUUUGCCGUGCUAUAUUAAAUCUCUGCUUCAGUGAUCACAGACCAUUUCAUUUAGAGAAUUAGGCAUUCCCUCUUUGUGUGAUUAAAGCCCUGGAAAAUGAGUUCUUUGCUCCUAUUUGUGAACAUUCAAAGCCUGCUAAUGGCAGGAAGAUGGAAUAGAUUAUGAGACAAUUCAUUACAGUUCAACAGGGGAAAAAGCAGCUAUAAUGCAGAAAUGCAAGUAUGAAUAUCAGUGUAUAGUUGAACCGUCUGUGUGCUGACGGCUUCAGCGGUAACUCCUCCUUGGGAGGCUUUGCAAUGACAUCCAUACGCUAUUAAUCUGUUGGCACGCUCUGUGGGCCCAGUAGAGUAUGAUGUGACCACAGGAUUCUAUAAAUUUUCUCUGUACCAUUGGGCAUCCCUGCCCCCAGGCCUGCCAUCUCCAAGAGGAAUCUUGUUCUCACCAGACUCUGCAGAUCUUCCUAACAACUCACUCCUCUGGAACCUUCUAGUGACCACAAACAUCUGCAGACAAAACCUCUCCAAUCCUAGUAAACAACCACAUGUUUGUUGUCACUUUAGCUGGCUCUGAGCUCAUCUUUUUGGCCUCCCUUUCCAGCUUUCUUUGGCUUUGUGCAGCUAAUGUGUCAUUAAGGCCCAUAAUAUUCCCUGCAGUAAUCUAAAACAGCCAGAUUAUACCCUGGGAUUAGCUGAGCAGUUUUUGAAACAUUUAUUGUGGUAUUCUCCCAGGAGGCAUGCAUUAUUGUUUUAAAAUGUUAUAUCCCAAACUAAAUAAUGCUUUCUGCGGAGAGGAAAAUGGAUGGUGCUGACUUCUUAGCAUCUUUAAGUAGAGACAGGGAAGUCUUAGAAGUGAGUCGACCAUAUAGAGUCUGUGCCUCAAGUACAAGUGGGGAUUUAGGCAGGCUUCUGUGCCGUUUGUAUUUACUAGCCUUAAAACCCUCUACCUCAGACUCCCGCAGAUGUUCCCAAGCUCACACGCAAUGGCUGCUAAAGGGUUCUAUGGGGAAGUGGAAUGAGUGUCCUCACGCCGAGGCCACGGCUUCUUUGUCUAGCCAUGUGUUAGCCAGGGUUCACUGAAAAGUUCAGCUCCAUGAGCUAGCCUUGCUUUGUUAAGGAUGGCUAGGGUGUGGGGGCUACCGGGCACAGGGACACAGCCCUGGAGGAGAACUUGCAGUUCUCGUAACCGCACAGUGCACGCAGCACUCGGGGAGCAGCAAUGCUUUAGUCUGGAAAUAUAAAUAGAGGCGUGAUGUGCCGUGUGGGCGAGUGCAUUGUACAUGGUUUUUGCCUACUGUAGUAGAAAUGUCAAAUUCCCAGCCCCUGUCAUGAGAGGCAGUUGACAAAAAUAAGUUUUAUGGUUUACAGUGUGGUUUACAUAGAGGACAUUUCUCUUCACUCUCGGUUUCAACAUGUUUUCUGAAUUAUCAUGGUUUGUUGCCAUUUAACUUAAAUUAGUUUUUUUAAGAAUAAAUAGAGGCUAUGUUUAAUCAAAUAAAGAACGGCCGUGUUGAAAUUCCA